AUGUUCUUUUCCACUGUCAAUUGGAGGACAAAGCAGAACUUCACAGCAUAUGAAACUGAUUCAGUGGGAGUGGACCCUAAAGAGAAUGAAGAAGUCUGUCACAUCUUAAGUGCAUGUUUGGUAUCCAAGUCAUCAUCCGCAUUUCCUAUUCGCCGAGUGUCAUCUUUCACAGACCUUAGAGACGUCAAAGCAGAAAUCAAGUCCGACCUAAAACAAUGCAAAAGUGAAGGAAAUAUCUCAAGUAUUGAGCUAGCUCCCUCACUUGAUGGUUCGCAAUGGCCUGAAGUCUUAUUCAGCAACAAUACUGGUCAGCAGCUUCACGCCAGUGAAAAGGAAAUCGUAGAAAUACAAACGACAAGUGAGGAAACGGUUACACGAUGCGAGCCGACGUUAAUCACUGAACCUGAAGCAGACGAGGAAGAAGGAAAUGAAAUUAGAGUAGAUGAAAAUAUUCAAGUCACACAAGGUGAAGUUUACCAAAGUAUCGCCCUGGAGAGAGUAAGUGAAGACAGUAAGCAAAGACAGCGUUCGCUGAGUGAUUCAACUGACCUUAACUCUCCAGGCGUCUUUACUGACGCGGAGCUCAGGAAAACACAAAGCUACACAGUAUUUCCACACAUCAAUACAAACUCUACAUGCCCAGAUGACGAGCCUGCCUCAAGUCUUUACCGAACAUCUUGCUUCAGAAUCAUGCCCCAUCUAUCAGAAGGCUCCUUUCACACUGAAGAUUUUCCAACAAUUUCCGUUUUGACUCGUUCGUCCCAGUUUGAAAAUUACCCUCUCAAUGCGGCUUGCGAAAUCAGCAGCGAAUCUGAAGAUUCAGGAAGGGAGCUGGAGAUAAACGAACAAAGAGUGCUUCAUACGUGGCGAAGGCCAGCCCAGAGACCAAGAUCCUAUUCAGAACCUACUCUGGUUGAGGCCGGAGGACGGGUCCGAACUUGGAGCCUACCUAAUAUGGAGAAGUGUUCACGAGGCCAAGAAACCAUGCACAAAGUUAAGUCAGCUCCAUCGCGGCUUCAAUUUCCCGAACAAUCGUUGAAAAAUUUGAGAGAAGAGAGCAGUUUAUCUUCGUUGCGAGAUACCUCUGAGCCAGUUAGGUCUCGUUCUUCGUCAGUGAUGUCACUGGUGGAUAACUACGACAGCGAAAUUUGUGAUCAACAUUUUCCAUCCCAAGAGCUUUCUGAUGCUGAAGAAGUGACGGGUCACUGGAUAAAUCGUAAUGGAAGACAAUCUAUAUCCAAACAGCCGUCAUUUUUUAUGGUCAAAGAGGUCGACGAGGAAAACGACGCUAACGUGAGGGAUCAUGAGACUCCUUCAGCAGUUUCUCUUGUGAACGAAGUUGCUGAGCAGGUCCUAAGUUCUCAUGAAAUGAGCGUUUCAUCAGAUAGCGGAAAUGAUGAUGUGUCAACAGUGGAGGCUGCUUUCAGGUUGUGGAAGACUAAGGAGACUGGUCGUAGAACAACAAUUGCCUCAGAUUCCCCUUUGACCGACAGUUCCAAGUAUGCAUCAGAAAUAGAGCAACAAGCGUUUCGCAGGAUCAAGAAAUGGAAGAACAGCUUCGCCCUAAAAUUAAACAAUGUUCUUGGAGAGCGAUUCCGGGAGAUGGUUGCUAAUAAGGAAGAGGAAUUAACACGAAAGAAGAAGCCAAAAGUGUUAAACGUUCCGAUGAAUUUGUCUGAUAAGGAAAUGGGACAACUGAGAAACAAAAUGCUUAUGGAAUUAAAGCAAAAAUCAAUUGGGGGUGGCAGUCAUGAAGCAUUGGUAAGCAAUGAAGUCCCCCCUCCACCCAAGCUACCGAUUCCAAGAGUUAAAUUUCCAAGAAAAGCUUCAAGUGAUCAGAACCCUGCAGAUUUAAGGGCUCAAAUGAUGAAGGAAUUAUCACGUCGUGUUUCGUCUGUUUUGGACGACGAGGAGGCCGCCCACUGCUGUAAACCAUCAUCUUUAGUGCCUGUCUCGACAAAAACCUCGCCCCAAGCCAAACAUCAAAACGUUGUCUACGCGCCUCAAGAAACUGGUUUUAAAUUAUUGGAUCCUGAUAGUGUACAUGACUUGUUAAACUGGCACGAGGCCGAAAGAAAGCGCUUGAAAGCUGAACUGGAGGGGUUACCACAAGCUGACUCGGGAGGACGACAGGUGGUCAUUGAUAGAGACGAUGCAAAUAAAGUUCUUCAUUCGAUGUUCAAAAUAAUGGAAGACAUAUUUAUGGGGACGAUAAAGCGUUUCAUGGGGUCAGAAACUACCACUACCUCAUCGGACAAUCGAGGCGAAGCCAAUAUAUCUCACACGACAGGAAUUAAAGAGCGAGCUCCAAGUAUCAUUUUAGAGACUAAAAGGAAUGAAGAGCCUGAGGAGGCCGAUGACACUGAAUCUGAUGCUGAUGUGGAAAACACGAAACUAAUUGAAGGACGUGCGCAUACCUCUGGUGAAAAAAUUUUGUCCUCGAGUGGAAGUAUCAAGAGUCUGUCAAGUGAAUCAAGUGCUGAGCUCCUUUCCUCAGAAUCCUCGCUGACAGGAAUAAGUUUCUCUUCUUUCAGUGAUGCUGUUGGUGUAUGUGAAGAAUCAAAUACUAACGCAUCAGGGAGGGAUAAUGUCACUGAAGUUUCAGCUAAAAGUAGUUUAGCAAGUUUGUCGUCGAGUCAGGAAGACGACCAAGAAAGUAAUCAAGAUCGCGAUUCGGCGGCUGAUGAUCUGACAACAUAUGGAAAAGGUGAUGGAUCAGGUAAAAAUGAAAUUGUUAGAAUCGAAAGCAUUGAGCUUCUACUCGAACACAGGCAAGACGACGCAACUGAGGACAUAACUGCAAGGCCAGAGGAAGUGCUAUGCGAGAAAUUUCCACAUUUACACUUGUCCAGAGAAACAAAUGAACCCAAAGAACUCACCGAGCAGACUAGUUACCCCAGAGCUUUUGAAAGCAGCUAUCAGGAUCAGAUCCGGGGAUUUGAGAAAACUCUUGAAAAUACGACAGCUGUUAAGGAUAUGUUGCAGCAAGAACUGGAUACUUUAGAAAACGAGCUAAACGUUGUCAAAGAGAGGGAAAGAGGUGAACUAUUUGCAACGUCAAACCCAUCUGAAGAAAAAAGUCUGCUAUGUACCUUUCAGACUGAAUCUACUAACACAACAGAUGAGCCACGUUACCUGAAGGAACAGAAUAGGAACUCUGACGAAAAUGACUAUCCAAAGAAGAUUCAAGAGCUACAAGAAACACUUCACAGGAAAACCGUCCACGGGGAAAUGUUACAGCAAGAGAUGAUGCGUUUAAAAAACGAUCUGAAGAGUGUUAGGAGCAGCUACAAUUACUGGUUCAAUCAAUGCGCUAAGAAUGAAGAGAAAAUUCAGGAAUUAGUUACCAGUACUCAAGACGUAACCGCCCUCAACUUUGAAUUGCGCCAGGAAGUUGACCAGAAAAGUAAAGUUAUAAACGAAAAAGAAGAAGAAAUAAAGAGACUUAUCAAAAGUAAGACUGAAGCGGAGAUACUACAGGAAGAGGUAGAGGAGAAACUUUCAAAAGCUAAUAAAGAGACAGAACUUUUGAAACUAAUGCUGGCCCAACUGAAUGAAGAAAAAAGGUCAACCACUUUCCAAAUUGAUGACAAGGUGCUCGUAAAAUCUUUGAUGUCUAGCACUACAAACGGUAACUGAACAACGACUUACACAGAAAAAACACGAUAUCCUGAUUCUAAUGACGGAGAGUUCUUACCAUCGAAAGUUGAAUAUUCAACGCUUCACCAAGGAUUCACGAGCUCAAUCAGCAGAGAUAAGAAGCAAAAAAUCGGGGUUGAUAGAGAAGAAAUUGCAACUAGUGUCAGGAAAGCAAAAAGUGCACUUUCCGCAGAAGAUGGAAACGAGUGGACCCAAUCGCUUAGGUUGCCAAUCAGAGCCUCUAUAGAACCAGACUGUCCCUUGACUAAAGACCCAGAGAAAACUAAGAAAGCUGUAAGAGAAUGGCUCAAUAAUAUAAUACGGGAAGCGGAGAACAAACUGACCAGUGAGCAAACAGUCAGUAGUUUGAAAAACGCCGACGACAAUGAAAAAACAAGUCAUUUUGAAGGCGGGAAAAAAGGAGCAAGUUUCUCGCUGAGAGAGGCAAUAGCUUCAUUUCGAGAACUUCCGAAGCAACGCCACAAAACCCCUUGCUCUUGCCCGAGGAAACAAAAAAUGAGGAGGCUUGACAGGCAGGAGCCAUUUAGAGCAGCAAAACCUGCAACAAAAGAGUUUUUUGUUUCCAAGCGAAACUUGGCAGUUGAAAAACUUGCCAUACAACAGGAUGAGGUAACC